CAGCUCUUUACCGGCAACACACCCAAUACAGCUGCUGCAUAACCCUUGUCAGCGCAUCAGUCAGCAGGCGGAUGGGAGGAGGAAGAGGAGGAUAGAUGCUUCACUAGAGUCGGCGGCAGAGGGAGGGGGGAAAAAAAAGAGGUGGCGAAGAAACCAACGUGCACCCAAAUUCAGCCAGCAAAAGAAAAGCAGCAUCAUCAGGUUCUGCUAUUUCCCCCCCAAAGCAGGGCGAGCCCACGCUGUCGUGUACGGACGUCGGCGCCCAAGGGACGAUGCACGCCUGAUUGCAUAGCCAGCGUCUCCAACAAAAGUGUCCUUAGCAUCCACACUGAAGACGGAGGAGGAGAGCAAACUAUGAACGACGAUGAUUUCUGCUAAGAAAACUCCGGAGAAGAGUCGCUAUCCUGUGCACUAUCUGGUGUGGCACAACAAGCACCGACAACUGGAGAAGGAGCUGGCAGCCAACGAGCAGACUGAUCUAGAGUCCCUGGACCCCCGUGGUAGGACCCCUCUGCACCUGGCUGUCACACUGGCCCACCUGGACUGUGCCAGAGUCCUGUUAGAGCAUGGAGCUGAUGUCAGCAAGGAGAACCGCAACGGCUGGACUGUUCUCCAGGAGGCCGUCAGUACCAGAGAUCCGGAGCUGGUGCGUCUGGUGUUGCGUUACCGUGACUACCAGAGGACCGCUAAGAGAUUGGCGAGCAUCCCCGUCCUGCUGGAACGACUGCGCCAAGCCCAGGAUUUCUAUGUGGAGAUGAAAUGGGAAUUUACCAGCUGGGUGCCCCUCGUGUCCCGUAUCUGCCCGAGCGACACCUAUAGGGUUUGGAAGAGUGGCCAGUGUCUCCGCGUUGACACUACCCUGACCGGAUUUGAGCAGAUGACCUGGCAGAGAGGAAACCGAAGCUUCAUUUUCAGGGGACAAGACUCCAACGCAGAGGUGAUGGAGGUCGACCACGACAGGCAGCUGGUGUUCUGUGAGACCUUGUGCGUCUCGUCCCUCACUGCGCUUUCCCCUGGCCGGGGUAAAGGCGGCGCCUGCAACAGUACAACGGCCGGUCUGGGGCUACUGGGGGGAGUCCAGCCCAGUGAUGAGCAGGUGGCGGGACGGCUGUCUGCCCCCGUGGUGACCACUCAGCUGGACACUCGCAACAUCGCCUUUGAGAGGAAUAAGACGGGUAUCCUGGGCUGGAGGAGUGAGAAGACUGAGACUGUGAACGGAUACGAAGCCAAGGUCUAUGCUGCUUCCAAUGUGGAGCUUAUCACUAGGACCCGAACGGACCAUUUGUCAGACCAGAACAAGAACAAGAUUAAAGGUGGGAAGACUCCAUUGCAGAACUUCCUAGGGAUCGCAGAACAACACAUGGGCCCGAACAAUGGGGCCCAUGUCACCCAAAUGUCCAGUCCUGCAAUGACCAACCCAUCAGCACUGACAGCUGAGGAAUACUUCAACCCCAGCUCAUCACCGAGUCAGAGGGACAUUGGCCACCCGUGCCAACUCACCACUAAGACCCAGAGAUUCAAAGCAAAGCUUUGGCUGUGCGAGUCUCAUCCACUGUCGCUGGCAGAGCAAGUGGCGCCCAUCAUCGAUCUCAUGGCGAUCUCCAACGCUCUUUUUGCCAAGCUGCGCGACUUCAUCACGCUUCGCUUGCCGCCCGGUUUCCCUGUCAAGAUCGAGAUCCCUCUCUACCACAUUCUGAACGCCAGAAUAACCUUUAGCAAUCUGAACGGCUGCGAGGAGGGGGCGAGCGUGGAAGGGGACGGACAGAGGUACACCCUGAGGACAGACACCCCCUCUCCUGGCAGCGACUCUUCCAGUGUCUCCAGCUCCAGCUCCACCAUGUCAUGUCGAGUGGGAGAGAUCCCCCCCUGUGUGUUUGAGCCCCCGCCUGGAUACACCAUGCUUGGAGGGAAACAGAGAGACAGCAUGAGGGAGGAGGAAGAGGACCUGCUGCAGUUCGCCAUUCAACAGAGUCUGCUGGAAGCCGGCUCGGAAUACGAUCAGGUGACCAUCUGGGAGGCACUGACCAAUAGCAAGCCAGGAGCAAACCCCCUGCCAUGUGACCCGAGCCGCCUGGAUAGCAGGAUCCCCCCGCUGAAGCCGCGCUCGCCCACCAGCCUCUCCUCCACCCCCUCCAAGAAGCAGACCGCCGGCCGCAGCUACGACGAGCAGCUGCGUAUCGCCAUGGAGAUAUCCGCCCGCGAGCAGGAAGAGGCGGAGCUCCGGCGACGGAAAGAGGAGGAGGAACUGCAGCACAUCAUCGAGCUGUCACUCAUGGAGAAGUGAGCGGACAUGGGUAAGGGGGACGGGGCGGCGACAUUGUAAGCACACUCGGGAAGGAAGUGGACCGAGGUUUUUGCUCGGGAGGGGGAGGUAACGCCGACUCCGCAGAGGGGGUCAAAGGUCACCCUCUGUACUAAAACACCCUUGCUGUCACGCUAUUGCCAUUUUUUUUUACUCUCAAAUGUGAUUUGAAAAGCACCAUUAUAGACAACAUUAUCCAAAUGUGAUCGAUAUCACUCCUAAAUCCCCCCUCUCUCCCCAAUUGUCGUGUGAUGUGGAAUUGUCUUUUUUCUGUGCCCGAAUGCACAACGCAAGGUCUAUAAAGGCGUGCUCGGAGGAGUUUGGCGUGGAAGAACAUGCAAACAAUAGGACAGGUCAACUUCCUGUUUUAGGUGCAGUGGUCGCGUACAAAUACGAUAAAAAAAGACAUGUGAAUGUUUGAAGCCUUCACUCAUAUUAAUAAUUACUAGAGAUGUCCGAUAAUAUCAGCCUUUUUUUAUUUUUUAUUUUUUAUUAAAUCAACAUAAAAAACACAAGAUACACUUACAAUUAGUGCACCAACCCAAAAAACCUCCCUCCCCCAUUCACACUCAUUCACACAAAAGGGUUGUUUCUUUCUGUUAUUAAUAUUUUGGUUCCUACAAUAUACAGUAUAUCAAUACAGUCUGCAAGGGAUACAGUCCGUAAGCACACAUGAUUGUGCGUGCUGCUGGUCCACUAAUAGUACUAACCUUUAACAGUUAAUUUGACUCAUUUUCAUUAAUUACUAGUUUCAAUGUAACUGUUUUUAUAUUGUUUUACUUUCUUUUUUAUUCAAGAAAAUGUUUUUAAUUUAUUUAUCUUAUUUUAUUUUUUAUUUUUUUUUUUUUUUUAAAAGGACCUUAUCUUCA